AUGCACGUGCUCGCCACCCUGACCGUGCUUGCCUCUCUGGCGGCUUCGGUCGUGGCAGCAGAGUGUAGCGCCACGCAGCCCUGUGCCAUUGGGUGCUGCUCCAAGUAUGGCAACUGCGGCUUGGGUCCUGACUACUGUGCGGCCGCGAACUGCGUGUCGAGCUGUGGCGCCAAGUCCGAGUGCGAUCCGGGCGGCUGGGGGCUGACUUACGCCAACGCAACGGCGUGCCCGCUCAACGUGUGCUGCAGUGCAUAUGGAUUCUGCGGCACCACGCCCGAGUUCUGUGGCAUAUCAACGGUCACGGCACCAACCUGCGAUGUGACCAGUACAGGUAUCGGACGGGUAGUUGGUUAUUACGAGGCUUGGGCGACGACAGAGCGGCCAUGCAACGGCAUGCACCCAGAACAGAUCCCACAGGGCAUUUACACGCACGUGAACUUUGCCUUUGCCAGCAUCGACCCGGCAACGUUUACCGUGGUUCCUGCGGCAAACACCGACAGCGACCUGUACCAACGUCUACAAGCAAUAAAGACGCGCGAUCUCGGCCUACAGACGUGGAUUUCCAUUGGCGGCUGGACGUUCAACGAUGAUGACCAGCCGACGCGGACCACGUUCUCCGAUCUAGCGGCCAGUGCUACUAACCAAGAGGCCUUUUUCGCGUCUCUCCUCCAGUUUAUGCAGACGUGGGGCUUUACGGGUGUCGACAUUGACUGGGAGUACCCAGAGGCGCCCGACCGCAACGGGCGCGGCGAAGACUUUACCAACUUCCCGGUCUUUCUGCAAAGGCUACGUGGCACACUCGACGCAUACGGCUUUGGCCUGUCGGUGACGCUGCCGUCAAGUUACUGGUAUCUGCAGCACUUUGACCUGCCGAGGCUGCAGCCGUGGGUUGACUGGUUCAACGUUUUGGAGUACGACCUGCACGGCACGUGGGACAUUGGCAACCAGUGGACGGGCGCGUUUCUUAACGCACACACGAACCUCACCGAGAUUCGCGGCUCGUUUGAUCUGCUGUGGCGUAACAACGUCGACCCGGCCAAGAUUAAUCUAGGCCUCGCUAUGUACGGCCGCAGUACGACGGUGGCCAGCGCGACCUGCACAGCGCCCGGCUGUCCGUAUCUGUCGGGCGGCGACGCGGGGCCGUGUAGCGGCCAGACGGGCAUCUUGCUGAACAGCGAGAUUGAGAGUAUCAUUGCCGCCAACGGCCUCAACCCCACGCUGUAUGCGGACGCCGCCGUCAAGACCAUUUCCUGGGGCGACAACCAGUGGGUGUCCUUUGACGACGCCGACACCUGGAAGAUCAAGGCCGACUAUGCCAAGUCUGUCUGUCUCGGCGGCGUUAUGGUGUGGGCCAUCAGCCACGACGACGUCCGCGGCACCUAUGCCAAGCAGCUGGCCGGCGCGCUGGGCCGCGCUGUCUUCAUCGACCCGGCCACCAACGUGACCGCCGUCGUCACCACCGGCUUCAGCCAGGUCGACACCUGCCAGUGGUCCAACUGCGGCGAGGGCUGCCCAGUCGGCUUUGCCGAAGUGCAGCUGACCACAGACCCGCUCGGUGGCAGCCUUACUGACAAGACGGGCUGCUUUGGCGGCAGCGUGCACACGUUCUGCUGUCCCAAGACGGCGCCGCUGCCCAUCUGUGCCCUGCGCGGCUUCCAAGACAGCGGCGUGUGCAACCCGGGAUGUGCGGCCGGCGAGGCCGAGGUGGGCGCGCAGUCGACGGGCUGUGCCGUGGGCUACCAGUCGGCGUGCUGCACAGACGACAGCAGCAGCAUGGCGCCAUACGGCUCGUGUGCGUGGUUUGGCGAGCCGCCGCUGUGCUCGGGCUCCGGAUCCGUCGCGGCGUGUCCCAGCAGCUACCCCAACCACGUGGUCUCGUCGACCAGCGGCCAGGGCGGCGCGGGCUCCUGCUGGGUCGGCGCUAUGAGUUACUGCUGUUCUGGUAGUGCCGCGCCCGCCGCGUUUUCCGACUGCGCCUGGAGCACCAAGGCGUCCAACGCAGUUGCGGCGUCGGCCGUGUGCGAGGACAGCUGUCCCAGCGGCGAGCUUCUCGUGGCGCGGCAGCAGGGCCCCUGUGCGCUGGGCAAUGAGGCCUACUGCUGCAAGGGCCCGUCGGUGGCGGUCGUCGGCGGCCUCGGCGGCAUCGGCAACCUCGGGCUCCAGGUCGGACUGACAACGGUCGCCGGUGCUGACGCCAAUCUGGCGGUUCUUGCGGGUACAGAUAUGGAGGACAAGAUCGCGGUGCUGCUUGGUCAGUGUCUCCAGGAAUACUUUAUCAAUCCGACAUGUCCGGCUCUGUGGGCAUCCAGCAUCGACGAGGAGCUGUACGGGACGCUUUCCCAGCGCGGGAUCAUCAGUGUCAACCAGUUCUACAACUAUGACUGCAUCACACAGAUCAUGUCUGCUGAGAUCUCGUCGCCCAGUCCCUCGGAGCCGGUCGCCGUUGCGUGGAACAACUACCAGUCGAAGACAGGCGUUGGCUACAACCAGCUGCGCCUGUACGUCAUGCCUUUCAACGACGGCCAGCUGUUGCGGGACCCAGUGGCGGCGAUCAGCGAGUACCUGUGCGAUCCCUUCAACGCCGAGCUGUACAUGAUCCAGAACCAGGAGUUCGCCGAGUCCGCCUUGUGCGAGUAUCCGGGGCUCGGCAGCUUCGUGGAACCAACGCCCACGACCAAAAAGAUGAAAAAGCGGGAAGUGGCCCACGAAGCAGUCCGGCUGACAGCCCGCAGGAUAGAGGGAGACGGCGUAGGCGACCGCGACACCGACGACGAAAGACCGACCGUGUACGGUGUGUUCAACGCAAUUAGCGAAGGUACCCUGGGUAUCUACUACAUGCGCUGGAUCAACUACCGCGGCAACGAGAUCAUCCUGGAGAUUGCCUACACGGCAAACGAAGUAGGGCCAUGGUCGUCGGAACAAGGAGGGCAAGCCACUCCAUCUCCAACCCCGUUCCUGCCGGACAAUCUCCAAGACAGAGUGCACACAGCAAACGGAUACGUGGACAGGUUCAUUGUUUUCCACCUGCACAUCCCCAUUGAUGGCAAUUCGCUGCGUGUCGGGGGUGGUGCCGGAGGCUUAUACGACUGGUAUCUUGGCGUGUCUGCUCUGAACAUGUUCCACGGCCAAUACAUGUACGAGCUUGUCAGGGGCGUCGACACCGACUUUCCAGAGGAUCGGGUCAGAAAUGACCAAAUUGGAGGUGCAAACCUGCUCAAUGUGCGCACUGUUCCCCUCACCUGCGGCAUUAACACUCCCCCGGACGAGCAGAACCGAUGGUAUUUGGGUCGGGACGGUACACCCCAAAUACAGGCUCUGCUCCAAACCCGGCGUGAUACUGAAGCCACGCUUGCCACUGCCAUUAAUUCAUGGGGGAACAAUCUAUAUGGGCGCGGCGCCUUCACCCCUAGGGCGCAAAAUGGCGGCACUGGUACUCUCAACUACAUAUGGCCCUCUGUGAGCCGAACGGAGGGAAGAGGUUUCGGAAACUACAACCCCGAAGAGUAUGCGUUUGAUGCAAACUGGUGGCCUGAGUCCGGAUAG